AAGAAGAAGAAGAAGAAACAAGACACGGCUCAUCAAUGACAGCGACAGCCGUCCAACCGUCACCGCUCGGCCUGUUUCAUGUUCGUGGCUCCUGGCAGCGGACAGCCUGCUGGUUGUAAUCCGAGCUGAGGAUGUGGGAGCCGGCGUGCACCUCCUGGUCCUCCCGCUGCUUUCUCCUCAUCUUCAUCACCGCUCACUCAUCAUCGGGGUCCACCGACCGAGACCUGCAGCCGUGUGACGAAAGAGACUACUACUACCAGUACACAGAGUGUGAUGGCACAGGGUCACGAUGGAGAGUUGCUAUCCCGCUCAGUCCAGGCUCCUGCUCAGAUCUGCCUCCACCAACCAGAGGAACAGACUGCUCUUUCUCCUGUUCAGCUGGGAUGUUUUUGGAGAUGUCCACACAGCUGUGCACACCGUGUGCAGCCGGUUCUUACUCUCUGGGCAGCGGGCUGAGGUUCGACCAAUGGGACGCCAUUCCUGCAGGCUUCACCAGUCUGGCCAGCUUCUUGGAUCCGGGGCCGAAUGGAGAGGACAUCCAGGCCUGUAACAGCUCGUCGUGGACACCGCAGGGCGUGUACCUGGAGUCGAACCGCGACGAGUGCACGGUGUCUCUAAUCUACGCUGUCCACCUGGAGAAACAGGGAUCCGUCUCCUUCACCUACCAGUAUCCCGACAACAACAUUUUCUUUGAGUUCUAUGUCCAGAACGAGCAGUGUCAGGAAAUGGCCCAGACUGACGAUCAGAAGUGGAUUAAAGUCACUAAUAAUGGAGAAUGGGGCACGCAUACAGUGAGCCUGAAGUCGGGUACAAACAUCCUGUACUGGAGAACAACUGGAAUUCUCGUGGGAGGGAAGAUGGUGAAACCUGUGCUACUGAAGAACAUCCAAAUAGAAGGUGUGGCCUACACUUCUGAGUGUUUUCCGUGUCGGCCCGGCUGGUUCAGCUCGAUGCCUGGCUCUUCAUCCUGCCAACCGUGUCCCAGCAACACGUACUCGUGGAAAGCGGCAUCCUCCUGUACACCCUGCCUUGAACAUCACUACUCACACGAGGGCUGGGCAGAGUGUAAGGUGAGACCGCCGUGCUCAGAGAGAGAUUACUUCCAGAUCCACACAGCCUGCGACAGCGAGGGCAAGACACAGGUGCUUUAUCGUUGGGUGGAGCCAAAGAUCUGCGUUGAGAACAUCACAGGGGCCAUCAGGCUGCCUGCUACAGGGCAGAGAGAACCCUGCCCCCCCUGCAACCCUGGCUACUACAACAGCAACGACUCCACCUGUCUGCCCUGCCCACCUGGAACCCACUCAGACGGCACCUACGCGUGCGCUGAGUGUCCUGCAGGUACAGAGCCCGUCUUGGGUUACGAGUACAAAUGGUGGAACGUUCUGCCGUCCAACAUGAAGACUUCCUGUUUCAACGUGGGGAACUCCAAAUGUGACGACAUGAACGGAUGGGAGGUCGCAGGAGACCACAUUCGCAGUGGAGCAGGCAGCUCAGACAACGAUUAUCUCAUCCUUAGCCUGCAUGCACCUGGCUUCAAGGUACCAGCCUCCCUCUCAGGAAUGACCAGUGGCGAGUUUGGUCGGAUAACCUUUGUGUUCGAGACCAUCUGCUCCGCCGACUGCGAGCUCUACUUCAUGAUGGAUGUGAACAGGAAGAGCACCACGGUGGUGGAGUCCUGGGAGGGCAGCAAGGGGAAACAGUCGUUCUCACACAGCAUGACCAGAAAUGCUUCAGUCACUUACACAUGGGCCUUUCAAAGAACGAGCCACGCUGUAGAUGUUCGUCGAUACGUCAGUGACACGGUGAAGAUCUACUCCAUCAGUGUGACGAAUGUCCUGGACGGGGUGGCGUCAUCGUGUCGGGCCUGUGCUCUGAUACCCCAGAACUCCCAGCGGGCCGGCUCCUCCUGCGUUCCCUGCCCGGCUGGUUUCUACAUCGACAGAGACAGCAACCGAUGCCAGGAGUGCCCGGCCAACACACACCUGGCCGGCCACCACACCUACGGUCAGGAUGCAUGCAUCGCUUGUGGACCAGGAAGUGUCAGCAACAAGGAACAUUCCCGCUGCUACAGCAGCUGCUCCUUCACCCACACCGAGAACAACCGAACGUUGACCUUUGACCUCAGACCCAUGAGUGACGUGGCUUCACUGAUCAUCGGUCCGAGUUUCACCUCUAAAGGCACAAAAUAUCUUCACCUGUUUAAUAUCAGCCUCUGUGGCCACGAGGGGAAAAGAGCUGCUGUUUGCACUGAUAACGUCACCGACGUGUCCAGCAAAGACGACCAGAGCGACUUGACUCAGUUUGUCAACACGGUGGAUAGCUUCAUCUGUCAGUCGACCAUCAUCCCUGCAGAUGGGCGGGGCUUCAGGAUGGCCAUUUCCUCCCAGUCCAUCAGCCUCGCAGAUACUUUCGUUGGAGCAACAGUGGACGCUGUUCUCAACGGUGUGAACGCUAAACCGGACCUUUUCCCAGAAAACAUAAAUGAUGUUCCGGACAUCAACUUCUUCUACAGGUCAGCGCAGGCGACAGCAUCAUGUGACCAGGGUCGGAGCUCCGUCAUCACGGUUCGAUGUAACCCAGAAAAGUCUGAACGAGGAGAGUUGUCUGCGCCCUUCUCCUGUCCUGCAGGAACAUGUGAUGGAUGCACGUUUCACUUCCUGUGGGAGAGCUCCAGCGCCUGUCCACGCUGCACCGAGAAUGACUAUCAUCAGAUAGAGGGGGCAUGUAAGGGGGGCGUCCAGGAAACUCUUUAUGUGUGGAAUGAGCCAAAGUUGUGCACUGAGGGCGUUUCGCUGCCUCUUCGAAGCUCCGCCCCCUGUGAGGUCAUCGCUCUGUGGCUGAAGGUCGGGCUCGGAAUGGGCGCCUUCGCAGCCAUGCUGCUCUUCUCCCUCACGUUUUAUUUCUGGAAGAAAAACAAGAGGUUGGAGUACAAGUAUUCCCGUCUGGUGAUGUCUGCCAACAAGGAGUGUGAGCUGCCAGCUGCAGACAGCUGUGCUCUGGCUGAGGGGGAGGAGCCAGAUGACGACGUGGUCUACACCCAGAAACCCUCCCUUCUGGGGAAACUCCGGGCCAUCGCCAACAAGCACGAGGAUGGGGAGAGCAGCGAGUCGGUGCAGCUGAACUCUUCGCAGUCGGAUCGAUGGGUUAUGGGAUGAACCAAUCAGAACAAAGGAGCUAACUCGUAAACAGUCUGUUUAAUGUGGGGGUAAAACUGCAGACCCCCACUGUGACGACAGUCUGGAUGCUGAAUUUUAAUCUUAACACACAGUGUCACAAACACACACACAGUUUUACACCAUGAAUGCUCAACAGCAGCAGCAAAAUGGGAAUCAAGCUUUUAAUGUUUUUAUAUGUUUUUAUUUGCUAUGUUUUGUUCAGAGUCAUGUAUUUAUAU